AUGGGUCGACGGAAACAAGCAAGACCUACAAAGAGAACUAUGGACGAGUUCGAAAUUGCUGAAAUGGAGCCGUCGGCAAAGAUCCCCAAGGAGACGUCAGCAACAGAUUCCGUACUGAGCACCGCAACUCCUUCAACAAACGAUAAUGUCGGGUUAUCGCCGUCAUGUUCCAAGGAUCCCGCACCAACCGAUCUAUUGUGGAGCGCUGAAUCACUAUCGGCAAAGAAGCCGCCCACGAAUCCUCUGCUUAUGCUGGAAAAAUCGCUGAAGCGUUUUGAACCACGAAAGUCGCAACCAGCCGUACAGCAGUCACGGGUACCUCCGAAUCCAUUCAGUAAUGGCCUUGGAGCAUUGUUUCAAUUUGUCGGGAAGCUACACGGAGAGUCAAUGUUAAACGCUCCACAACGACGAGACGCAGACGUCGACUCGAUUUUGAAAUGUCUACAAUGUGGUCGAACAUUUCAAACUAUGGAGUUGUUGGUUAGGCACAUGCAGGACACACAACAUUUCAACAAUCUUCCAAAAACUUACAGCUCGUUGAUCCAAAUGGAUCGUCAGAAAGUGCUGAACCUAAAGUUGCAGAUGAAAUCUGACGGUGUGAAAUUGGCAUGCGUCAAAUGUGGAGAGAUUCCCACGAACAUCGACAAACAUCUUAAAGAAGUGCACGAUGUGAAAACGAGCUCGGAUUGGCUAAAAAAUAUUCGGGUCGUCAGGGACGAAGAAAAUCCUGUUUCCUUACUACCAGCCUCAACGCAAUCGGCAGCCAACUCACCACAUCUCAACAAACUGAUGUCAUUGAUCAAUACGGUUGAUAAAAAGUGA